AUGAAGUGUCAUGUGAAAGAGAUCGUACUUCACCGGGUUAGCGUGCCAAAGAAAAUGACGUUGAACCUUCUUGACUCCGAGUUGCAUCUCAAGAUACUUCUUCUGGGGUAUUGAAAGAAUAUUUCUUUCAGAUUGGGAAUGUCUUUCUCUGCGAUGAUUACUGAGAAUGCUCCCCAGUUGAAGACUUCAAAAAACGGUGGCACAAAAUUAUCAGAUAUAAUGACAGGUACACACUCGUAAAAGAUGGCUUCGACAACUCUCGGGCUGUUGACCUCGUAACCCUUGGGACAAAUGCAGUACUUGCUGCUCUUCAUGUGUUGGAUGUAAUU